AUGGUCACCAUCACCAGCAUCCUGACAGGUUUGCUGGCCUUGUCGUCUUCCACUGCUUCUAGCGCAAUCCGCCGACGCUCAAUCAGCCCACCAGAAGGAUGCCCAAUUCCUACUUGGACCGUCAGCUACUUCCACUGGUACAACGGCUCCCACAGUCUAGACUGUAUCCACAACCAGGACGACAUCAACGCCAAGGGUUGCCUUUGCGGUUCAGGCUGGUGCGAGCCCGAUCCAGCGACCUGCAAUGGUAGCAUGGUCAAUGUCUGCUGGACUGGCAUGCCCAACUACCAACCAUGGGGCUAUGGGCCACCCCAAACUCUUGACAUCCAAUUUGCCGAUGGUUUAACUUGCCACGACGAGUAUAUCGGCUAUCGGAUCCACGAUAUUGGUCACGGAGAGAGCAACUGCGGGUAUGCUGACCGAGGGUUGGGAAGGAUUGUUGCUUUCUAUGGUUCUUCGGAUCUGGAUUCGUCCAUCGGCCAUAUGGACUAUACCCUGGGCGAUGGACAUGCACUCAAAUGCGAUAAUGGAAGCUCCAUCACCUACUCUGGGAGUGUGGACUUUGCGCUUACUUGCACACAUGAUGCGGAUUUCAAUGCUACUUGCACGGCACCUGUGUUUGACGUUCCUGUCUUGAGUUACGAGUGGGUCUCAUAG